CCGCUGAGAGGAUCGGAGCGCAUGGACGCAUCAGAGCGCUCCCUCAUGACAAGAGCUACAGGGCGUCUGGAAGCCUGGGAGGGAGAACGGCCAAUGUGGGAGCAAAACGAUCCUUUCUGCAUCUUUACCUGCGACCCACCCGGCUCGGUUCGAGCUCCACCAACUUCACCAACUCCACUGCUGCCUCAGUUGUCUGAGCGCUCCUCUUUCUUUUUCUCCAGGUGAACUUUGUAGGGAUGUUUACUGCCGAGCAUCAUCGCGUUGAAGACAAUUAAAGUGUCUGAAGGACUGGAGAAUAAAUCUUCUUGUACUUUUUGGUCGGUUUGACAAGAAGGAGAGGGAUAGACCGUGUGUGUGAGUGUGUACGAGAGAGAGAGAGAGAGAGAGAGAGAGAGAGAGAGAGAGAGAGAGAGAGAGAGAGAGAGAGAGAGAGAGAGAGAGAGAGAGAGCGAGAGAGAGAGAGAGAGAGAGAGAGAGAGAGAGAGAGAGAGAGAGAGAGAGAGAGAGAGAGAGAGAGAGAAAUCGCACACUUUUUUUCUUUUCUUUCUUUUUUUUGGAGCUACGCUUUCAUGCCGUCAGUCUUGCAGACUCUGAGAUGGACGUCAGAUUUUAUCCAGCUCCCCCUUCCAGCGUGGGUUCAUGUACAUUACCGACCGACUCCAGUCUGGACUAUUACCACUCCAACAAGAACAAAUACGGUGCUGCAGAUCGAGGGGUAAGGCUCUACAGUUCCCUGCCCAUGCGCCCAAACCCUGAUGGCAAGAGACUGUCCUCUACUGGGUUUGAUGGUGACAACAUGUACAUGAAUGAAAACAACCACGAGUUUCUCCCACCAAACCAGAGCUACGGAGGUCAAACAGGCAGCGGCGGAGGAGGAGGUGGAGGUGGCGGCACCUCCAGCGGAAAUGGAACCGGAGAUGAAGACUAUGAGAUCCCCCCAAUCACUCCACCCAACCACCCCGAGCCACCUCUUCUUCACCUGAUGGAGCACGACUCCACGGGCUACCUCUGUCACUCGCUGCCACACAAUGGUCUCAUCAACCCGUAUUCCUACCCCGAGCUGCCCACACUCAUGAUGUCCAACAUGUUGGCACAGGACGGCCACCUCGUCUCCGGCCAGAUGCCCUCGAUGCAGCAGAUGGCUUUGCACCACCACCAGCAGCAACACCAUCAUCACCAACCUGAUGGCGCUCAUUACGAUCUCGCUCGUAACCACCCCCUGAUAAGCAACUCUCCUUCAAUACUGCCCAACCCCAUGAAUGCACUAUCCCAGCUAAACCAUCAGGUCAGCCGGAGUGCACUGCCUCAUGGCUCCCCCUCGCCUCCCGGGAGUAAAUCAGCCACACCCUCCCCUUCGAGCUCCAAUCAGGAAGAGGAGACAGAUCCUCAUGUGAAGAUGACGGGUGAGAAGCGGCCAUCUUCGGAGAUGAUGAAGCCGAAGCCCAAACCCCAAAAGAAGAAGAAGAAGAAGGAUCCUAAUGAGCCCACUAAGCCCGUGUCAGCCUACGCCUUGUUCUUCAGAGACACCCAGGCAGCCAUCAAAGGACAGAAUCCUAAUGCCACUUUCGGAGAUGUAUCCAAACUAGUCGCCUCCAUGUGGGAUGGGCUGGGAGAGGAGCAGAAACAGAGCUACAAGAGGAAAACAGAGGCUGCUAAGAAGGAGUACCUGAAAGCCCUGGCCGCCUACAGAGCCAGUCUGGUUUCCAAGACGUAUAACGACCCAGUGGAGACAAAAGCAGCCCAGACAAGCCAGGCUUCUCCACAUAUGAUGCCAGCCAACACUCCCCUGUACAGCGUGCCACCGCCACCCCAGUCAUCAUCGCCAUACCUGGGGCCCGGGGCCUUCCCCCUCACCGACCUGCAGAGCUAUGCGGGACACGCCCCUCGCCACACUCUGUCGCAGACGCUCAGUCAAUCGCCGAUGCUGCCCAGCAUUAGUGCCUCUCCACCUUCCUCCUUCCAGAUCAGCCCUCCGCUUCACCCCCACCAGCAGCUCUCCCUGCACCAGAGCACGCUCCUCAACCAGCCAAUCCGCAUGCAGCAGGUCCAGUCCCAGCCAAUCAUCUCCCACCAGAUGGGGCUUCAGGCUUCUCUUCACUCCCCACCCCCAGGGCAGCAGGGUUUUUCUCACCUUCAGUCAGAGUACCAGAAGAACAUCGGAGGUUCUCAGUCUCCAGGAGCCCCAGGGCCUGGACAAGGGCCUGGAGUGGCACAGACCCAUGAGUGGGACGGUGAAUACUGCAAUCGGGAGUGUGGCAACCACUGCAGUGGCAACAUGAUAGGCAGGGACAAGCCACUCUACCUCACCUGAAACUGAAGAUUUUACUCUGCUGAAAAAAACCGACACCAAGGAGUCUAUUCUCACCACCUCCCCCAUUCUCUCCUCCCAACCCUUCCUCUGAUGCACACACUUAGAUCCAGUGCACACUUAACAUGCAAACACACAUAAACAUGCACACACACACAUACACACAGGCCUCUUGUCUCCACCAACUUUAUUUCUCAAUGUGAUUAUUAUUAUUUUCUCAGUUAUUAAGACUUUGUGACCCAGUUUGUUUUGUUUUAGAUGACUACUGUCUGUACCACUUCUUGUAUUAGCAGUCCCCUUGCUGUUUAAAAUUUGCCAAGCACUUACGAAGCUUCCUUUCACCCCUCCUCAUCCUCCCUCCUUGCCCCCUCCCUGAGUUGUGUCUAUAUGCCCUCUCUGAUGGAGAUCAGGCUGUAGAGCACUCCUCUUGUGUGUGUGUUCAUCAAAAGUCCCCCUCAGGGACCCCAUCCAGCUUUAAGUAUAUCGAAAAAAAAAAAAAAAGAUUUUUCCUUUUUUUUUUGCAUUUUUUUUGUAAAAUUUUCUCAUCGUUGCUGUCUUAUUUAUUUCUCACUUGCAAAAUUAUUCCAUUUUAUUUUUCAUUUUAUUUCCCCAUCAUUUAAAUUUCUAUUUUCUUAAAUUGUUAUAUAUAUAUAUAUAUAUACUUUUUUUUUUUUUUUUUUUUUUGCCAAAAACGUGAUGGGCCCUGUUACGUAGAGACAUAAUAACUUCUAGUGCGUUCCGCUUAGGCCUCGGUGUAACGGUAGCUUCGCUUUAUGGGCCUGGUGAUUAAAACAAAACAAAAUUCUUGGGUGGGGCUGAAAAAGAAAAUGAAAGUUUUUUUUUUUAAUUAAAGACCUGUAGAGGUCUACGAGCUGUCACAGUGUGAUUGUAAAUAUCACUAUUAUCAGAUCAAAUCGGGGAUUGAAAGUCCAGAUAGAUUUCUUUCUUCUUUAAUAGUACACAUAUGUUAUUGUGUGUGUGUGCGUGCGUGAGUGCGUGCGUGCGUGCGUGCGUGUGUGUGUGUGUGUGUGUGUGUGUGCGUGCGUGUGUGUGUGUGUGUGUGUGUGUGUGUGUGUGUGUGUGUGUGUGUGUGUGUGUGUGUGUGUUUGAGUCCUUGUGAAUUUUAACAGCCUUGUGCAGCUGGAUUUCUGAAAAGUAUUUCACACUUUCAUUCUUGCAUUAAAUCUGUGCUCACUGGUGUGUUUUUUUUUUCCAAUAAAGUUCAAUCUCAAACCGAAUACACAAUAUAUGUCCUGCAGAUCAUUAAAUGGAAAGGAGCCAGGUGAGAGAUCCAGAGCACAGGGACGGGGACAGGAGAAAAGAAACGCUGUGAGAUAAAAUGAGAUGUAAAAAUUUCAGACGGUGGCUGAAAAAAAAUUAAUUGCCUCUGAAAGCCCCCACCCCUUCUCCCCCCUUUCAUUUUAUCAUCUCAUCAUAACGUCAUUGUUGCCUCCUCCUGCUGCAGAGGUGAAGAGCUGCAGAGCUGUGAGUGGAGCCCUCACAUCCAUGUCAACAGUGGUUUCUCUAAGUUUCUGGUUGGUGUUUGGUUGUGUUGAGCUCAUGUUUUUAACUUUUGUGUGAUUAACAGAAAUGCGUUUAGCUGACAAAAACAUCUCAUUUUUAUCUCUUUUGUGUAGCAAAAUUUUCAGUUUUUAGUUGCUGCAAGACAAUAACAUUUCAAGUUGUGUUAAAAAAGAACAAAAAACCUGCCAACUGUAGUUAUUUUAUUUGUAAAGCCAGUAUUGAUAAAUAAUUUUAAUGGUUAUCAGUAAAUUUUUUUAGCUAGCCGCUCAUCAGCUGUUGGACAUUUUUUUUUCUUAUUUAUGAAAGAAAUUAGAUCACUUUUGCUUCUUACAAUGGAGGUGUAUUUUUAUUCUCUCUUUUUGUUUUGCUUUGGUUUGAUAAAUGAUGAUGAUGACGAUCACAGCAGCAUUUUUUAAAUAAUUUUUGGAUGCUGCCUUAUUUCUUUUCUCGCCAGCAGCAUCGGUUUCUGUCACAAUGCUUCUUUUAUUUCAAACCUGCAUAAUAAAGAAAAAAAAGUUUAAAAGUGAA